AUGUCUCCUUCAAAGAACAUGGAGGUCGAAUUAUCAAGGUCACCCAAUCCUUCCAUAGCGAUACCCGAAAUUCCCGUAGAAGUCAUCGAGGAAAUCCUAGAUAAUCUCCACACCGACAAAUCCGCACUUAAGUCUUGCUCUCUCGUCUCUCGUCCCUUCUACCCCCGCACCCGCCAAUAUCUUUUCCAACACGCCUUCAUCUACCACAUCGGCCAAGAAACCCUUCUUCGUCUCCACAACUUGGCCCUCACGUCCCCGCACAUAUUCCAACGCUUCAAAUCCUUCAUCGACGCACUAUCCACCGCGAGCCGCUUGGAAACGCUCAAGCUCACUAUACUCAUACCCUCCUUUGAGGAUUUUGCCGAGGAAGACGACAUGUGGGAUAUGUUCAUCGAAUUGAGCCUCGUGCUUUCGGGAUAUAGGGUCUUUCGGUGCCUUGAGGUAACCUACGAAUGCGACUUUUAUGUCGAGGAAGAGGUUAAGGCUCAGAUGUUGUCUUGGACGUGGACUGGUUUUGCGUUUUUGCAUGAAAGGGAUGCGUUGAAGGUAGAGUUGUCUGGUUAUAAAGUUGAGUAUCUGAAAGUGUAG